AUGGUCAAAGAUUUGAGUGAGGCCGGGUUUCCACCGAAGCGAAGGCCUUUGCUGCGUCCUCAACGCUCCGAUUCUACUGCACAGGGUAUGGCAACUGGGAAUGCGAAUACAAGCAUGAGAGGUCGCGGUAGGCAGAAACAAGAGGCAGCUAAGGUCAGCUCGAGGUCACCGUCGCUGCACUCUCCAAAAUCGUGGAUAAGAAGCUCGUCUGCGACUGGGAUUCUCGGACUAAGACGUCCAGAAUUGGAAAACUCACAUUCGCAGGCUCCUUCGUCUACUGCUCCUGCUGCUGCUAACCGUUCUCCUUUGAGAAGAUCUACUGCAAAUGCGACUCCCAUUGAGACGGGGAGGUCUUGGACAGAUGGAGAUAUCAACAACGUCGUGGACGUUCUGCCCUCUUUUGAGAUGUACAACGCCUUGCAUAGGCACAUCCCACAGGGGAAUGUCGAUCCGGACAGGCAUGAUUUCCCACCUUCCUACCAGGAAUCUAAUAAUUCGGCUGCGACUGGUGGUGCGAGCUCGAGCACUGACCUCUCGCAUCAAGAAUUGUCUUCUACGGACGCAUUGGGUGCCACACAUCCUUCCUCAACCUCUAAUUUGGAAAACUUAAUUCCCCUGCGAACAGAGCAUCACAGCAUCGCGGCACAACAGCCUACUACGGUUGAUGAAGAUUCUUUGGAUUUUCCCCCCAUACUCGAUGACUUGAACGACGCAGACAACAUUUUCAUCGAUAAAUUGUACACCUUGCCAAAAAUGUCUACGCCAAUUGAAAUCACAAUCAAGACCACAAAGAAUGCGCCUAUGCCACACAUGAAGCCGGAGGAGGAAUCUAUUUUGAAGGAAUAUACGUCGGGCGAUUUAAUUCACGGUUUCGUUACCAUUGAAAACAAAUCUCAAGCGAGUCUGAAGUUCGAAAUGUUCUAUGUCACUCUGGAAUCAUACAUCUCCAUAAUCGAUAAGGUUAAGGGGAAAAGAACGAUCAAAAGAUUUUUACGGAUGGUCGACUUAAGUGCCUCUUGGUCAUACUCAAAAAUUGCGCUUGGGUCCGGUGUGGAUUUCAUCCCGUUGGAUGUAGACUACGACGAUUCCAUAUUCGGGCUAAACAACAGCCGGGUCUUGGAACCAGGUGUCAAGUACAAGAAAUUUUUCAUCUUCAAAUUACCUUUGCAAUUACUGGAUGUCACUUGUAAACAGGAGCAUUUUUCCCAUUGUUUGUUGCCUCCUAGUUUUGGUAUUGACAAAUAUAGAAACAAUUGCAAAUACUCCGGAAUCAAAGUAAACAGCGUUCUAGGGUGCGGUCAUUUGGGUACAAAGGGCUCCCCCAUUUUGACUAACGAUAUGUCCGAUGAUAACCUUUCAAUUAACUACACUAUCGACGCAAGAAUUGUUGGCAAGGACCAAAAGACUUCCAAACUGUAUAUCAUGAAGGAGAGAGAAUAUAACCUAAGGGUCAUUCCCUUUGGAUUUGACGCUAAUGUUGUCGGGGAAAGAACCACUAUGACUCAACUGAAUGAUUUCACUAAACUAGUACAGGAAAGGUUGGAUGCAUUGAAAAAAAUUUUCCAGAAAUUGGAGAAAAACGAACCUAUAACAAAUCACGAUAUUCAUGGUGCAGACUUGAGUGGUACCAUUGAUGAUUACGUGCAAUUAGACUCUCAAGAAAUUGUACAAAGGAAAUUGGAUCAGCUGCACAUUAAGAAUAGAAAUGACUAUUUGGUCAACUAUAACGAUUUGAAGUUGGGUCAUGGCAUGGACAAUAAUCGCCUUGAAUGUGGGAGUCAUAAUACUGAUUCAUCUAGAAACUGGGCUUCCUUUGUUGAAAGCGAGUUGAAAUAUAAACUGAAAAAUAAAUCCAACUCAUCAUCUUUUUUGAACUUUUCUCACUUUCUAAACGGUAGUUCCAGCUCUAUUUCCACUUCUUCAAAUACCACAAAAGGUAAUCACGACCUCACAAGUAAUAAAGAAAGGACCGGAUUAAUACUAGUGAAGGCUAAAAUCACCAGACAAGGCUUGUCAUACUGGUCACCCUCGUUAUUGAGAAAAACAAAUGUUUUUGAAUCUAAGAGUAAGCAUGACCAAGAAAACUGGAUGAGACUUUCCGAAUUGAUUCCUGAUGACGUUAAAAAACCAUUGGAAAAGAUUGAUUUACAACUAACUUGUAUUGAAUCCGAUAAUAGUUUACCUCAUGAUCCGCCCGAGAUUCAAUCAAUUACCACAGAACUGAUAUGUAUAACAGCCAAAUCUGAUAAUUCUAUCCCAAUUAAGCUGAACUCAGAGUUAUUGAUGAACAAAGAAAAGCUGACAAGCAUCAAAGCACUGUACGAUGAAUUUCAUUCAAAAAUUUGUGACUAUGAAACUAAGUUCAACAAAAAUUUCCUCAAAUUAAAUGAGUUAUACAAUAUAAAUAGAGGAAACCGUAGACCGAAAGAAUUGAAAUUUACCGAUUUUAUUACGUCGCAGUUGUUUAAUGACGUUGAAAGUAUUUGUAACUUGAAAGUUAGUACUCAUAACUUAUCGAACAUCUUCAAAAAACAAGUGAAUACUUUGAAACAACAUCCAAAACGCGCGCCAUCUGAGGAUUCAAUAUCACACAUCGGUAAUGGUAAUUCAUCGUCACCAAAUUCAGCGUCAUUGACCCCAGUAACAUCUUCGUCCAAGAGUAGUCUAUUUUUACCAAGUGGUAACUCGUCUACUUCUCUGAAGUUUACAGAUCAAAUUGUCCAUAAAUGGGUUAGAAUUGCUCCUUUGCAGUACAAGAGGGACAUCAAUGUCAACCUGGAAUUCAAUAAAGAUAUCAAGGAAGCUUUAAUUCCGAGUUUCGAAAGUUGUCUAUGCUGUAGGUUCUAUUGCGUUCAGGUAAUGAUUAAAUUCGAAAACCAUCUUGGUGUAGCCAAAAUUGAUAUCCCUAUUUCCGUUAGGCAAGUGAUAAAGUAA